AAGGUUAGCACCUGGUAUCACCAUGAACCCUUUGACCAAGGUCAAGUUGAUCAAUGAGCUGAAUGAGAGGGAAGCUCAGCUAGGCGUGAAAGACACUGUGUCCUGGCACUCACAGUACAAGGACAGCGCCUGGAUAUUCAUAGGUGGAUUUCCAUAUGAGCUGACAGAAGGGGACAUCAUCUGUGUCUUUUCUCAAUAUGGGGAAAUCGCCAACAUCAACCUGGUGCGUGACAAGAAGACCGGAAAAUCAAAGGGUUUCUGCUUUGUCUGUUACGAGGACCAGAGAAGCACAAUUCUGGCAGUGGACAACUUCAACGGCAUUAAGAUCAAGGGGCGCACGAUCCGAGUGGACCAUGUGCAGAAUUACCGCCCCCCAAAAGAUUCGGAGGACAUUGAUGACGUGACCAAGCGCUUGAGAGAGGAGGGCUGCGCACCCCAGAGGCCCCCUACUUCCUCCUCAGAGUCAGAGGAAGAGGAGUACGCUGUCCAAGUGAAGAAACCAAAAAAAGACAAGAAGGAAAAGAAGAAAAAGAAAAAAGAGAAGAAGGAGAAGAAGAAGGCACUAAAGGAGGAGAAGAGGGAAGGCCGCACACAGUCCCCGGUGCAGGUGAAGAGAGAGGAGAGGAGGGAAGGCCGUGCACAGUCUCCCCUGCAGUCCCCGGUGCAGGUGAAGAGAGAGAAGGAGGACGCGGGAUAUGAUAAAUACGCCCAGCAGGGGGCGGCGGAGGACAGGCUGCCCAGAGGCGAGAGACGCGCGCACGAGGACCGGAACCCCAGAGAGAGGCCCCACGGAGAGCGCCACGACAACCGAGAGAGGGACAGCUGGGCCAGGGAGGAGGAGAGGAGGAGACACAGGGGCCGAGAGGACGAGGGCGACGGGCGCAGCAGAGAAGGGAAUGGGCGGCACUGGGACAGCGAGCGGACGAGGAGAGACGAGAGGCACCAGAGGACGGAGGGACGCCACAGAGAGGACAGCAACAGAGAGAGGGACAGGUCCGCCAACUACAGAGAGCGUAGCCGGGACAGAGAGUACAGGAAAAACUGACGCACAGGGAGGAGGGCAGAGCAGGGCAAAAAUGGACCAAUCAAGAUCAGCCACUCAUGCGAGGUUGGAACUGUGGAUGUUAUGUACAUAUACAUGGUUAUGUUUCCACAUACUGCAGAAACACAAGGUUU